GUGAGUUGCACAUUAGUGGCCUCCCUCUGGUUCCUGGGGUGUCGGAGAUGGCCGCGGGGAUCUGGGAGGAGCGGAUUGGACUUUGCUGAAGUGGGGAGAGAGACUUUCCACUUUCCUGUACGGAUACAGAAAAGAUGUCCCCAAGGGAGCCUUUGCCAGCUUUGCAGGAGGCUCUGAAGAAGGUUUUCCAUGCAGUAGAGCACCAGAACAGGCUCUGGAGGACUGCUCUGAGUGACUGUUCACCUCUCCUGACCUCCCUUGGCAACCUGGCUGAGCAGCUACAGGCCAGUCAGAAUGUGCAGUUGGAGGAGACCCCGCUUCGGGCUUUCCCUGACCUGAAAGAUCGCCUGAGACGAAAACUGCUGGCUGCUGGUGACUCCAUCUUGGACCAACUGGGAGAGAAGCUAGCCAGCCUCCUCCAGGUGCGAGAUACAGUCAGCAGCCACGUGGAACAAGUGUUUCAGUUGUAUGAACAGAAAGCAGAUGAACUAGGCCUUGAUGUAGUCUUGCAGCCUUCCGCAGUUAGCCCCUCAUUGGCUGAUAUGUUGGCAUGGUUACAGGACAUUGACAGACACUACCGAAAUGCGUACCUGGAAAGGAAGUACCUUCUCUCCCAGAUCCAGUGGGGAAAUUUGCCAAACAUCCAAACUUUGCUACAAGCCUGGAAUCAGAUUUCAGAGAAUGACCAAGACCUAGUACCAGAUAUCCUGCUGAAUGUAUCUUUUUUCCUGGAGACUUAAGGAAGUUAUGUUUCUGUCCACGGAACAGAGACCACAACUAAACUCCAGCUUUAUUUCUCCUGCCACUUUAAAACAAAUGUGGACAUACUCUGGUGUUUGGAAUGCAAAUUUCUAGGACACAGUUAUUUCAUAGAGUUUUGGGGCUACAUGUUUCUGAGCCCAAGGAAUUUUUAUUCUAUAUUGUGUCUACAUGCAAACCAGUUCCUGGAUCUUACCUGAGGUCCAGGAAGGAAAAUCAGGUUGAUAUCCACAGAAGUAGUCAGGGCAGUGACUGAGGGUGUUGGAGGAACAGGAGUAAACACUGAUGAGGGGAACUCUAAUGAAGACAAGCAAAGAGAGUUAGCCAGUGCCAUGCCAUGUUUUUAUCACCCAAAGUAUUUGCUGUGCUUUUACUUUUGGAAGGAUACAUUUACUUUUAUCAGAAAUUUAAGGAAAUGUGAUGAACAGGUUCAUCUAACCAAAGAAAAAAAAUCAUGUUUAAAACUACUCUUCCAAGGGUUCAGGAACAAAAAUUAAAAUGACAACUUGGUAUUAGUGGGGUUCUCAAGAAAUAAAGAUCCUCAUACUUUGUUAGUAGAAUUGUAAACUGGUAAGUCCUUGUGGAACCGACUGGUGACAUGCUCUAAGUUCUAGCAGUACUGUGUGUUAAUGUUCGUACUCUUUGAUCCAAUAAUUCCCUUUCCAGGGAACUUAUCCUGAAAAGCAUAUCAAAAAGAUGUCCCAACCAUUGAAAAAUUGUUCUGUUACUAUAAUCCAAUCUUGUAAUUCAGUGAAGAACUAUACUAUAAAUAGGAAGCUGGUGAAUCUGAAAUAGGAAAAGACUGAUAUAAAAUAAUGAAAAGGGGAAAAACCGAAUCUCGGUUGAGUCAUGAGAAUAAAGUAAGCUCUUGGUAAGCCGUCUUCCCCUUCAUACUCUCUCCAUGUGUAGAAAUUGAUCACAAGAUUAUUUCCAUGGAGAAGUUUAGUAUGCACACUAUGAGUACAUAAAAGAUAAUAUAUAUGGAAAUCUCGGGGUAGAGGAAUGAAACAACUGGAGGAGAUAGAUGUUUGAACAUUUAAAUUGUUAUAGAAAUUUGUAUAUUGAAGUUCACUUUAAAUUCAUGCUUAAUUGGUUUUGUUACUAUUUGAUAAUGGCUGUGCCAAAUUAUUUAAUUCUCCCCAAGUUGUUGUUUCCAAACUAUGCCACAAGGGGGUGACAAUAUGGCAUAAAUCACUUCUGAAUUAAUUCUUUUUGAAGAUGAUUGGAGGUUCUUGAGCCCAUUAGAACAAGAAGGAAACCGAGGGAUCACCUAAUCCAAACUCAUCAUUUGACAGAGGAAGGAGACAGAGUGAAGGGGAAGAGACUUGACCAUGGUCAUAGACUUUUUCAGUGGCGAGUGGAGAACCCCAAACCCUGGUCACUUGCUCCCAGACCAGACAUUUUCCUCUUUCUCUGUAGCCCUUUGUCUAGUUGGGUAAUAAGUACUUACUGAUAGAGAUCCCAGAGCAGGACAUCUUCUGAUUGAUUGGUGGGAGGAGGGGAGAAGAGGAGCUUGUCUGCUAAGGUGGUCACUGAUGAUGUGAAUAACCUAGUGCUUUUUGGUCUCUUUGCUCCUAUCUUGGCCUGGUCUCCUAAGUCAGGGAAAUUAUGUUUUGAGUAUAAAGCCUUCCAGUGAAGGACCUCUUCUGGUUCUCGCUUUUGUUUGGAAUAAAUAAAUUGUUUUAAUA